AUGAAAGAUGUGGAUCUGGUGGCUCUGUGGCUCUUGCCCCAGCUCAGAGACGCAGGCAGCAGAGCCAGCGGCCUCACGUCGGGUCCCCUCUGUGUACCCCAGCCUGGCAACCGUCGCCGUGCGCCGGAUUACUGCCCCGGAACCCUGCUUUCAGUGGGAGGUCUCCUGCUGCUCUCUCCGGCGUUUUCGUACGGGGAGAGGAAAGAAGGAGCCGGUGGUCGUGAUGAAGUCCGGGGCGGGAGAGGUGUAGCCGGGCCUACUUUCGCUUCUCCUGAGCCCCCCUCACUCCACCCCCGGGGUUUCGUUUUUGGGAGCCUGCUGGUGGGUUUUUUUCCUCCCCAGAGGGGCAGCGUCCCCAGGGGGCAAUGGAUCGCCCUCUAUUCAGCUGCCUGCGUGGCCCCCCCCCACGCCCCCCCGCGGCCGCCCCAGCACCCUGCCUUCACACAGCCGCUCCCGCUGCACAACCGCGCCUCCUACCCCAACCCGCCAGGCUCCUCGCCCCCCUGCCCCGCCCCCGGUUACCCAGGUGAAGGGGGCCCAUUCGGCAGUCAGCCCCACCGGGGGCACACCCUCCCCCAGCCACAUCAGCACCCGCCCGGCUGGCACGGCCCUCCGCUACCUUCGCCCCCCCACGCCUGCGACGGUAUCUUCCACCCGCACCCCGACUCCUCCUCCGCCCGCCUGGGCGCCGGCGCUCCUGUUUUGGGAGGGGGCGCGCCGACGGGGGCGUCCUGCGUGCCUGCGGACUUUGGGCAGCGGUCGCUGUCCCCCGAGGAGCCGGAGAGGAGGAAUGGAAGGAGCAAAAUUGACCCAACAGAUUCCCACGACAGGAAUUACAAGUCAGACGUGAGCAGCAAGCCCAGGAAGGAGAGGACGGCGUUCACCAAGGAGCAGAUCCGAGAGCUGGAGGCCGAGUUCGCCCACCACAACUAUCUGAGCAGACUCAGACGCUACGAAAUCGCCGUGAACCUUGACCUCACGGAGAGACAAGUGAAGGUCUGGUUUCAGAACCGGAGGAUGAAGUGGAAACGGGUGAAGGGAGGCCAGCAGGGGGCGGCGGCGCGCGAGAAGGAGCUGCUGAACGUGAGGAAGGGGGCGCUGCUGCCGUCGCAGUUCCCCGGCGUGGCGGGACUGCGCCACUGCGCCGACCCCGCCGCCAACGAGGACAGCCAGGACAGCGGGCACAGCUCCGAGCGCGCUCAGUUGUGACCUUCGGCUGGCCCCACCCCCCUCUGCCAUCAA